AAACGAUAAACUAUCAACUAUCAUUUCAAAACAUAACGAUUCAAAACAAAGCGCGUUUCUUCUCUCCAAAAACAUGAAUAUCAAGGAAGUUAUCACUAGUUUUAACAUGAACUCUACUGUCGUCUCCUACAUCGACGCCCAUAGUUUUCCGGAAGAGGAUAAACUGUAUUUUCCCUCAGUUUCCAAGCCCACGUGCAUCGGCGCCUACUCCGUUUCCCCUUUCGAGAGCUUUGAAAGAAACGUGUCCCGGAUGCGCUUCAUAGAUAUCCCACCAUCCUACAGGUUUCCACUAAAUCUUCGCAACCCGAAUCGCCAGGUCGAGCCCCUAAAGCCACCACAGGAAAGGAUCGACAACAUGCUGAUAUUCAUUGAGUCCAUGUGGCAGAAAUUGCUGAGGAAGGAUGACACACGCCUGGUGGUGAACGCGGAUGUCGUUUGCACCAAAGAGGUGCUGGAGCUUAUAAUGUUUGCGCCCUUCGAAUACAAGUACGGAUGGACGCUGGGAGUGUCACGGUUCAGAAAAACCAUCUACAUCUGCGUUUUGGACAGAAAUCAACCCGAUAACUUCGACCAAGACAAUCUUAGGCGUGUCAUGCAGGAGGAUUGGCUGAAAAAUCUGCGCAAGCAAUGUCUGUCCGAUAAUGGCAAGGGAAAGCCCAAUAAGCGAGAUGUUUCCGACGAAAACAGCCGCUGCAAUGCAGCAUUUUCUUUUGAAUUAAAUGGACAGCACAUACUGUUUGACUCUCCGGUGAUCGCCGAGUUCGAUCCAAACAAAUUCAGCUCGACACAAUCCUAUGCCUGGUCGGACCUGCAACUCCGGGUGGACAAUAUGACCCGCAACGAGUGGGCGGUCCACAACCGCACCGAGUCGAUCAAAUGGUGGAUUAGGUCCUUUUUGAUAGGAAUGGACCACAUAUAUGUAGCCAAUCGGGAUGAUAAUGCCUUCGUCAGGAGUAUCAAAAGGACACCGAUUCAAGACCUAUACAGAGAUUCGGACGAGACGAAGCCCUUCUACAGUACCCAUUUUCUGAAACGAUUUCUGAGUUGCAUUACACAAGUAAUGGGCGAAAUCGACAACCCCAGCACCGUAUACACCUUCGAAUACGAUGCCAAGCUCGGUAAGGUGACCCAUAGGGGUUUAGAGGGCCGAAACCAGCACACCUUCGUCGCAGACUGGUUUCGCCUGAUGCUGGACGAUCGUCUGGAGGACGCGCAUGAACUACAACGCAUGAAUAAUUAAGGUUGAGUAAUUAAAAGAUUUAAGUUUAUUGCGACAUAAUCAUCAAUUUGUGUUCGAUCGCGUUUCAUCACUAUUAAAUAAUUU